GCCUGUGUCUCUUUACAGGAGUUGUUUGCCGGAAAUAUGGCUACGGACUGGCUCGGGAGCAUUGUGUCAAUUAAUUGUGGAGAAAGCUUGGGAGUCUACCAAGGCCGAGUGUCUGCUGUGGAUCAGGUCAGCCAGACCAUUUCCCUGACACGGCCCUUCCAUAAUGGGGUCAAGUGCCUCGUGCCAGAAGUCACCUUCAGGGCGGGUGACAUUACUGAGCUGAAAAUUCUGGAGAUCCCAGGGCCAGGGGACAGCAGACAAUGUGGGGACCCGCAGCAGACAGAAAUGGCCAUCCCUGGUGUUGGAUGCCAAGUGGGUCCCAGUCAGAAUGGCACUGGGAAAGUGUUAAAGAAGCCCAUGUCCAGCAGCGCCCCGCAGAAUAUCCCAAGGAGAACGGACACGAAGAAUCAGGAUAUUAUAAUCUCUCCACAGCAGCAGUGCUCCAAGAGCUACAUGGAUCGACACGUGGAAACACUGACUCAAUCCAAAGGCUUCCGUCGUAGGCACAAUUCCUGGUCAUCCAGUAGCCGUCAUCCAAACCAAGUGACUCCAAAGAAGAGUGGCCUGAAAAACGGGCAAAUGAAGAGCAAAGAUGAUGAGUGCUUUGGGGACGACAUCGAUGAAAUCCCAGAUACAGAUUUUGAUUUUGAAGGGAACCUGGCCCUUUUUGACAAGGCAGCAGUGUUUGAAGAGAUUGAAACCUAUGAGAGGAGGAGCGGCACUCGUUCCCGGGGCACCCCAAAUGAGAAACCAGCUCGCUAUCGACACGACGAGAACAUCUUGGAAUCAGAGCCCAUAGUCUACAGAAGGAUUGUUGUACCUCAGAAUGCUAACAAAGAAUUCUGCACGGACUCUGGGCUGGUCGUCCCAAGUGUGUCUUACGAGCUGCACAAAAAGCUGCUCUCGGUCGCUGAGAAGCACGGGCUGACUCUGGAGCGGAGGCUGGAGAUGACGGGAGUGUGUGCGAGUCAGAUGGCCCUGAGCCUCCUUGGGGGACCCAACAGGUAA